AUGCGCCAGCCAGCCAGCCGGCCAGCCAGCCGCCAGCCAGCAGCCAGCCAGCCAGCCAGCCAGCCAGCCAGCCAGCCAGCCAGCCCGCAGCCAGCCCCAGCCAGCCAGCCAGCCAGCCACGCCGCCCAGCCAGCCAGUCCAGCAGCCAGCCAGCCAGGCACCUCAAUGAAAGGGGCCUCCGUGCUCGUGCUAGCAAGCGGUCCCGGCUCACCAGAGAGUUCGGCCGCCACGGCGGGCACCGCUGCUGCCUCGGGGGCAACUACGGGAGCCGCGACCACCUCCUCGCCACCUCCCCCUCCGCUCGUCGCCGCGGCAGACAGGGAAGUGAGCACAUUGACAGCCGCGGAAUCUGCAUCGACUCCGGCAGUGUCUCCCUCGCUCAAGGAGCCCUGGCUGUCUCCGUUUUCCAUCGCAACUGUGGGGCUACCUAACACCGAAGUGACCGCCGGCUCUGACGCAGAUGGCUGCGGCUCAGAGCCCGAGGCCACUGACGGGUAG